AUGUUCGCUAAGACAGCAGCUGCCAAUUUAACCAAGAAGGGAGGUUUGUCAUUGCUCUCCACCACAGCAAGGAGAACCAAAGUCACCUUGCCUGACUUGAAAUGGGACUUUGGUGCACUAGAACCUUAUAUUUCCGGUCAAAUCAACGAAUUGCAUUACACCAAGCAUCAUCAAACUUACGUGAACGGAUUCAACACUGCUGUUGACCAAUUUCAAGAGCUCUCGGAUCUUCUGGCCAAGGAGCCAACCCCUGCAAACGCAAGGAAAAUGAUUGCUAUCCAGCAAAACAUCAAGUUCCAUGGCGGUGGUUUCACAAACCAUUGUCUAUUUUGGGAAAACCUGGCUCCAGAGUCACAGGGCGGUGGUGAACCACCUACCGGAGCUUUGGCUAAGGCAAUUGACGAGCAGUUUGGCAGUUUGGAUGAAUUGAUUAAGUUGACUAACACAAAACUUGCAGGCGUACAGGGUUCCGGAUGGGCCUUCAUUGUCAAGAACCUCUCUAAUGGAGGCAAGUUGGAUGUUGUUCAAACCUACAACCAGGACACUGUCACCGGCCCUCUAAUUCCUCUAGUUGCUAUCGACGCCUGGGAACACGCCUACUAUUUGCAGUACCAGAACAAGAAAGCCGACUACUUCAAAGCCAUUUGGAACGUGGUUAACUGGAAGGAAGCAUCCAGAAGGUUCGAUGCGGGCAAGAUUUGA